AAUAUGGUUAGACAACAAUCACUGCACUGACUCAGGCACCCCACCCCACACUUUUCUCAUCAACUCGUCUCAUACCGCUUUCUUUCCUUCCUCCUUCCCCCCGCACCGAACCGCACUCUCAUCUCACUCAAUUAUUACUCACUACUACCCUACUUACUUAUUUAUUCACUCUCUCCCAACACCAUUUCUACUACUCUUUUCUCUUUACUCUCUCUACAAUGGAAGAGAAUUACAACAAAAAUACCCUUCUCUUCCUAUUAUUAGCUAUCUCCUUCACACUCUCAUCAACCACCACUGCCACUCUCCAAACCCAAACUCUAACUAUCAACUCUCUCCCAAACCCUUCAACUCUCUCAUGGCCAGAAGAAUCAGAACAACAAGAAGAAUCUCUCUCCGACUCAGAACCUCUCUCACUUCAACUACACCACAUAGACUCCCUCUCCUCCAACAAAACACCACAACAACUCUUCCACCUCCGCCUCCAAAGAGACGCUGCCAGAGUCCAAUCCUUCAACCACGCAACAUCUCCCAACCAGUCCCGUCCCCUUAGAUCCGGCACUGGCUUCAGCAGCUCCAUCGUCUCCGGCCUUUCCCAAGGCAGCGGCGAGUAUUUCACCCGCAUAGGUGUGGGCACUCCAGCAAGAUAUGUUUUCAUGGUCCUCGACACCGGAAGCGACGUCGUUUGGCUUCAAUGCGCACCAUGCCGUAAAUGCUACACCCAAGCAGAUCCAGUUUUUGAUCCGUCAAAGUCACGCACCUUCGCCGGAAUCCCAUGCGGUGCUCCUCUCUGCCGGAGACUCGACUCCGCUGGAUGUAACAACAAGAACAAGGUUUGUCAGUAUCAGGUUUCUUACGGUGACGGUUCUUUCACUUUCGGUGAUUUCUCCACUGAAACUCUGACGUUUCGGAAGACGCGUGUGACGCGCGUGGCUUUGGGAUGUGGUCAUGAUAAUGAAGGUCUCUUCGUUGGUGCUGCUGGUUUAUUGGGACUUGGGAGAGGAAGAUUAUCUUUCCCAGUUCAGACCGGGCGCCGGUUUAACCAGAAAUUCUCUUAUUGUCUUGUGGACCGGUCCGCUUCAGCUAAACCGUCCUCCAUGGUUUUCGGCGAUUCAGCCAUUUCACGAACCGCCCGGUUCACUCCACUCAUCAAAAACCCUAAACUAGACACUUUCUAUUACAUUGAACUUCUCGGAAUCAGCGUUGGUGGUGCAUCCGUCCGCGGCGUCUCCGCUUCUCUCUUCAAGCUCGAUCCCGCCGGUAACGGCGGAGUUAUAAUCGAUUCAGGCACUUCCGUCACCCGAUUGACCCGUCCUGCAUACAUUGCAUUACGUGAUGCUUUUAGGCUUGGUGCUUCGCAUCUGAAGAAGGCGCCGGAGUUCUCGCUGUUCGAUACUUGCUUUGAUUUAUCCGGUUUGACGGAGGUGAAGGUGCCGACGGUGGUGCUCCAUUUCCGAGGUGCUGACGUGUCGCUUCCAGCUACGAAUUACUUGAUUCCGGUGGAUAACAGUGGGAGCUUCUGCUUUGCUUUCGCCGGAACAAUGAGUGGUUUGUCUAUCAUCGGUAACAUUCAGCAGCAAGGAUUUCGGGUCGUUUAUGAUCUCGCGGGUUCUCGGGUCGGGUUUGCCCCAAGAGGAUGCGCGUGAGUGAGAAAUCUUGAGAAUUGGGAAUGGGAAUAACUCUUUCCCUUUUCCUCUGUUUUUCGAUUAUUAUCUUUUUAAUGUGUUUUUUAAUCAAGUUUUAUAAAGUUAUUAUUAUAGUUUAGAGAAUGGAUUAGAGAAAAUGAAAUGUUAAUAAUCUUUUUAGAUCUGAAGAGAUCUAAAGGAUUUAACAAAAUGAGAAUGUUUUUAGUUUCCACCGCACAAAUCUUAGCAUGUUGGUGUUUUUUAAAUUUAUUUCCCAAUUAAAUACUACAACUACCACAACAGUAACACUUUGCUUUUUCAA